UGGGAGGUGUGUUUUCUCUACGUCUCCGUGUUUCUUUCACGGAAGAGAUCGGAGCCAGAGAAGCGCGUCUGACUCAAGGACGAAGCGGACCUACGGUGAUAGGAAGCAAAAUAAACGGAGCACAGAGGAGCAGCAGGAGAUCCGUGCGCACCCGCAGAGGAGCGGAGGUUCGGCUGCAGCAGACAUGGGACUGCGGCUGUCCUCGUAGCGGAACCAGGCGACCUGCGGACCAGAGGGAGGACAGGCACUGGGAGCAGACAUGGCCCACGUAGGCAACGGAGCGGCCGCAGAGGAGGAGGACUGCUUCGAAGAUGCCUUUGAUCGGAUACCUGCGGCGGGUAACAUGGAUCUGCAGACUGCCAUCCAGGAGACUCAGUGUGCUCUCAACCUCGUCCUCAACAACAAGUUUUCUCAAGCCCUGGAUCUCCUCAAACCAUGGUGGAGGGACAGCAUGUACCACGCUCUGGGAUACAGCAGCAUCCUGGUGAUGCAGGCUACCAUGACCUUUGAGCACAGAGACAUCCAGACUGCCAUGGCAACCAUCAAGGAGGCGUUGCACACCUGUCAGAGGUUCAGGAAGAAGAACUCGAUGGUCGGAUCUUUGUCUGGGUUGAUCAGCAAACAGUCCAACCUGCAGGAAGGAGAGAUGCACGCAGAGCUUUGCUACGCUGAAUGUCUUCUGCAGAAAGCAACGCUGACAUUUGUACAGGAUGAGAACAUGAUCAGUUUUAUCAAAGGAGGGAUCAAGAUUCGUACCAGCUACCAAAUCUACAAGGAUUGUCAGAAUGUGCUGAAUGUCACUCAAGACCUGGCUAGCCAGUCAGAUUCAUUUAGACAGUUUGAGGGUGGAGUCAAGCUGGGCAUUGGAUCUUUCAACCUGAUGUUGUCACUCCUUCCUCAGAGAAUUUUGAGGUUGUUGGAGUUUAUCGGGUUCUCAGGAAACAGGGGGUUUGGUUUGUCCCAGUUGAGAGAGGGAGCCUCCAGCCACAGUUUGCGGUCAAUCCUCUGUGUUCUGACUCUGCUCUUCUACCACACAUAUGUCUCACUCAUACUGGGAACUGCAGAGGGGAACUUGGUGGAAGCUGAAGCUCUGCUGGAGCCAUACCAACAGAAAUACCCCAAAGGUUCCAUAAUCCUCUUCUACUCUGCUCGCAUUGCCGCGCUGCGAGGAAACUUUGAGAAGGCUCGGGCCAGGUACGAGGAGUGUGUGAGCAGCCAGCAGGAGUGGAAGCAGAUUCACCACUUGUGUUACUGGGAGCUUAUGUGGACUCACUCUUACCAGCAGGAGUGGGAACAGGCGUACCACUACGCUGACUUGCUGUGCAAGGAGAGUCGCUGGUCCAAGGCUAUCUAUGUUUACCAGAAGGCAGCCAUUUUAAGCAUGAUGUCAGAGGAGGAGCUGAAGAAGACGGGGGAGAAUGUUGUGGAGCUCUUCAGGCAGGUGGAGGGGCUGAAACAGCGCCUGGCUGGGAAGUCCAUUCCAACUGAAAAAUUUGCAGUGAGGAAGUCCAGGCGUUACAAAGCUGCUAACCCCAUCCCCCUGGUCAUCCCUUUGCUGGAGAUGAUGUACGUUUGGAAUGGUUUCACCAUCGUUGGAAAGCGAGCUGACUGUACCGAGUCCCUGCUGGUAACCAUAGAAAAGGCAGAGGAACAGCUUCGCAAUGACCCCAAUCCAUCAGAGUUUCACACAGAUGACAGCUGUCUGGUCCAGAUGUUGAAGGGACUCUGCCUGAAGCACCUGGGCAGGUUACUGCAGGCUGAGCUGUGCUUCACACAGGUGCUCUCCAGUGAGGGUCGGAUCAGAUAUGAUCACUACUUGAUUCCUUUCACCCUUUACGAGUUGGGUCUGCUGUAUAAACAACAGGGAGACUUCCUUAAGGCCACCACCUACAUCGAAAACGCCAAGACAAACUACAAGGACUACUCCAUGGAGUCCAGACUGCACUUCAGGAUCCACGCAGCCCUUAACAGCCUCAAAGGAUCACCUGCUGGCACCCCAUAAUAGGCAAAAAAACCUGAUUUAGACUGCAGCUGUUUGUUCAGUUUGUUCAGCUGGAGUGAAGAAAGAAGUGGAGGUGUGUUUGGGUUUUAAGAUUACACAUCCACCUGGGUAUUUCUUUUUUUUUGUUCAGACUUAUGUUUUACAUUUUUUAUUUAUUUUUGUGCAGUUUGGAAAGAUGGGAUUAUAAUUACUUGCACAUGCACUUCUACCAGUUAAAAUAAAGACUUUACUGGUAGAUAGAGCAAUUGUUCAAUCAAUACAGGUUUAUUUGUAACUUAAAAAUUCAUACAGGCUCUUUUUGAGUCCACACGGCUCUUUCACUCAGAGACACUUUGCAUAGGAGAAAAACUAUGAAGUCCUCAGAUUCCAUAGGUAAUAUCUAAUUGGAGUGCUGCAUCUUUUCAUGUAAAAGCACAAGUUAAAAAACUAGAGAUUAUAUGUCAGACCACAAGAGGGACCCAAUGACUGACAAAUCAUCUAGGAAAUCCAGUCAACAGGUUUAUCAAGUUCUCUUUUGCAGCUCCAUAUUAGUUUCCUUGCAUUUCUCUGUCUGAAUGGACCCAAAAUUUAAAUCUACUGUCUAUGAUUUCAGUUUUUCAUCAAGGAAGACAUAUAUAAUUUUUUUUUUUUUUUUUUUUUUUUUUUUUUUUUUUUAGGGCUGAAUCAUAAACAGGAAGACAGAUGUGCAAACUGCUAAAGAUGAACACUAGGAACACACCGCUCAUCUUUAGCAGUUUAUUUUCUUUCUGCAUUUUCUUUGCCUUUUUCUUUACCUACAUGCCACACGUGCACGUGAUGCACAAAUGUGUCCGUGCAUAAGCAAUCACAGCCUUCUCACCGACUGUGGCUUAAACAGGAAACACAGACACGGCGUAGAACACUCAUUCCAAGCUCACACAGACUGGGCAAUAUGCAGAUUUAAAAGAACAACACAGUAAUGGCUGUAAACGCACACAUUUAGCAGCAAUACAAACAAAUCUGUGCUGUUAGUAAGUUCUGAGUUAUUCUGUCGGUAUGUGAGAGUCCAUGUUCUAUGUCUCAAACGCAGAGCAGCUUUGGUGGCAGGGAUUGUCUCUUAAGAAGCCUGAAAUAAAAAGUUGAAAAGCAAAACAAUCUAACAGUUAAUUUAUCUGUUAUGUUGAUUUUUUUUUUAAGUUUCUGUUUUGUCUACCACUACAAAUCCAUCCAUGAGUUUAAAAAAUCCUUACCUGUGAUGAAAUGCUCCUUUAUAUAGCCCCUCAGUUCAUCUUGAAUCUGAAACAAGUCAUUUGAGAUCUCGACGUCUUUUUUUCUUUACUUCUCAAAUCAGAGCAAACUGUCAUAAUAGUCGUUUUGUAUGUUUUUGACAAAAAGCUAGACAGAGCUAGACAUUAAUCGCUUUCCAGUAAGCUACGGUACUGCAUAAUCUGUCCAUCUUCUGAUGCUGUGAUAUAUGAUAGUUUGCCAUGUGGAACUGUUACUUUCUAGUUAAGACACACUAGUCUGGGGGAAGGUGUUGAAAGAUCAUCCAAGGAGAGUCCCCUGGAAAUACCUAAGAAUAAUUUAAUUAAAGAAAACCGCAAAGUACGGACCAAACCAUGGACUGAUGACUUCCUACACUCCCUUUAAGUAAGCAAACUACUUUGGCCAAAAACACACACAAUGCUAAUACUACUGAUAAUAUUAAUCCUCCUUCCUCCCACCGUCCAAAGACAUGCAGUUUGAGGGGAUAGGUUAAUUGGAUAAUCCAAAUUGUCACUAGGUGUGAAUGUGUGAGCGUGAAUGGUUGUCUGUCCCUGUGUGUUGGCCCUGCGACAG